AUGGCAAGCGACGAACCAUCAGGUGUGACAGAACAAUGGGCCAAAGUGGAUAUUGAGAACAAAAGUGACCAUGUGUUCAAGUUCCAAGUGCUUCAUCAGUAUACCGGCAAUGCAUUGGAAGCUUCAAAAUGGGUGAAAUUGGAGCCAAACCAAAGUGCCCAAAUUCUGGAGAAAGUUCACUACAACACUGGACCAUUUACAACUGGUACUGAUAAUUGGAAGGUUCAUGGAAUCAAACAGAUUGAGACAAACUUAGACGAUAAGAAUGGAGUGGUUGAUGGAAAGGUUCGUAUUCUCGGUGAAGCUUGGCGUAGUGGACAUCCAGAUGGGGCUGAUUGGAAAAAACACACUUUGAGAGUAGAAGACCAUGCCCAAACUACAGUAAUCAAGGUUCUCGAGAAAGAAGUUCAAUUUGUAUCCAAGAGUGGAACAUCGACUACUGACUUCUAUAGACAUGAUGUUUAA